AUACAAGGUCAAUCUCAAGAAUCAACCCUCCACAACCCCUCUCAUGCCCGGUCUCAGCAAGGACACAAUACAACAGUACCACACAAUGCAGUUCAUGCUGCCUCACGGCGGUAUCAACACCAACGCUCUGUCUCUACUCCAUCCCUCUCGCCAUCUCCCCCGCGCUUGUCACCUUUUCACCACCCUCCCCCUCCUAUAAACUUCCGCCAACAGGCUCACCCACCUUCAAUGAUCCCCACCGUUCCUCUCCAAAUGGCCGAUGUAUAUGAUCCCACCACUAGUCCUCACCGCCCACUAUCCCCACGGUCCAAAGACGCCCUCUUUCCUAAUUCUAGCAUCAUCGCAAUCAAUCCCACCACCGGCCGCCCGGUUCUCCCACAUCUGCCUACACUUCCUAGUCGACUUCGCCUCAGCGACGAUGAAGCAGAGCUCGAAUUAGAGAGCGGUCAUCAGUCACAACAUUAUGGUCAGGGAACACACCAGUAUGACGAUGGACAGGGUCACGAUGACACUCAGAAUUCGUACACCAGAUCUCACCGUCACCCCCAGCAACCACAUGAUCACAUCGCUUCAGGAGAUACUGACAUGAGUCCAAUAGCAGGCAUGGGUCCUUCUACGCAUACUGCGGCACAACUACGCGCCGAGGAAGAGGCAGAAAUUGAGGCAGAUGAAGAACGACGGGAUCGCGAGCGGAUUGAAAGACUAUUGCGGGAAAUGAUGGCAAGGCAGCGGGCCAGAGCAAAGAGCAAAACAGGAGUGACAGAUUCCCACACACCCACUUCAUCAGCAAAUCGACGUGGCGGAAGGAGGAGAGCCCACGAGGUCGGGGUCGGUAUCGACAUGGAUGCGUCGGGACUCGAGGCCGGAGAUGAUACCGAGUCGGAGGCUGAAAAGGAGGAACUCAUGAGCCUCAUCACAGCCAGUCUUCGGCGAGAAGUGGCUAAAGCCGACGACGAGAAUUGGAUGUUUGGUGAUUUGGGCGCACCAGGGUCUGGAAUGUCACGAGACGAAGGCAUGGUAGAUUGA